UCUAUGUGUAAAUUUAAUUUCACCUGGUUCAACACUAUUUACUGGUAUAGUAAUCAAUGACAAAUUACAACUGACAUGCGACCCUUAUCUCAUUGACGGUGAAUCAGUUGAAUUAAUAAUGAUUGUUAAAGACACCUUGAUGCUGUAUUAUGCCCACCUACCUAAUUUAAAUAAGCCUGAGACAAUGGUAUACCCUGGUACCAAAAGCACUAUUGUCAAUUGGCUUGGCGAGAUAACUAUAACACCAUAUGAGCAGGAUAAUCACCAGGAUUGGUGCACUAUGGUCGGUUUCUAUCAAUGUCGAUUUGACAAACGUAGACUGGAAUACAUAUAA